CUGAUCAACACAGUGCUGAACGCGCUGAGACAGUCCAACCCUGAGAAAAACUACGAAAUUUUCGAAAUGGCUAACGACAUAAGCGUUUUGAAGAAGACUCUUUACCAAAAGGCAUAUUUUAGAUUUCUUGGAAGAUCUCAUGGAAUUGCCGUUGAUAAACAACUGCGAAUCGUUCGUACUGACUGCACCCUUUCGCGUCAAAUCCACGCAGCUCGAGAUCAAAACGCUGACCGGGUCUGUGGAACAGUUCGUGAGGCAAAUUCGGCAGAAUGUACUCCAGAUACCGGUACGACCGAAACUAGAAACCUCGGAAGACGUGAAAUUCGAACCAAGCACCAAGAAAAUCACCAAGUAUCGUACAAAAAUGUCUUCGAGGGUGAAAAGAAGAUCUACCGACGAAAGUGUUGUCAAAGAUGCGGAAUUCUCUUUUAAUGAUCGAUCUGAGAGGAGGUUUUCCGACCCCGAGAAAAAAGUUGGCAGACAUACGGACAAAAAUUUUAUCCAGAAAAAUAUUCAGCAUGCGGCUACGGUUAGGAAAAUAGAGUACGAUACUGACGAAGACGAAAACCCAUCAGACAAAAGAAGAAGAUCGAGCCAGAGUUCGAACAAACCUCGCAGGAGAAGUAGUGAUUCGCCACCGGCCAGCAUUGCUGACAGACCCGACCUACAACCGGUGAAACUAUCCGAAGAUGUGGUGGCCAUUUUGGAGGAUAUGGCCAAGGAGGGCGAGGAUAAAACGGAAAAACCUAAGCUCGUUGAGGAGAAAGUGUCCGAAAACAAGCCAGAGGAAAAAGCUAGACGUAGUGCAGAUGAGAGUGGAUUUGGUGGUAGAAUUGUGGUGCAGGAUCAUAUGAGGAUACAUUUGAAGCAAACCACUUGUCCCGCUUGCAUGGAGAAGUACAGGAUUCCUUUGCCAACGCCCAAGACACCGCGUGUAAAGCCAUCUUCAGUAAUACCACUAGCGCCAGGCGAAAAUCCCGAUUUAAAAACGAACAGUCAACACCGCCUGUCAAUGCUGAUCAACAAGGAAAUGUUCAAAUUGCAAUCGUACGAAAGAAGAUUUUCUUCUGACGAAAAUUCAAGCGCGCACAAUAUAAGGCCUUAUUGUGCGUUUCAGGAGGAACAGCUUAAGGAAGCAAGAGCUGGAAUCCUGCUCCUCGGAAUAUUUGAACCUGUCGCCGCUGGAAUUAGCUAAGAUCGAACUAGAAAUAAAAGAGAAAGAAACCCAGAAGAAACUCCAAAAAUUCCUCGGGGAAUAGAGAGAUUCCAGCGCGGUUUUGUACCGGUUUAUUUUUGUUAUAUACAUGCCGAUGUACUCUACACUUUCAUUUUACCUAAUAAAUAUCAUCAACUGAU